AUGGAGCAGAACGCCAUGCUUUACAGGCCAAGUUCCUUCUUGCUUUUCUCUUACAUUAUUAUUAUCUUUUACAUGAACUCUGUUCCCACUUUUAGUUUCACAAAUGAGACAGAUAUGCGAGCUUUGCUAGCAAUCAAGAAUGGAAUACAGGAAGAUCCUUUCAAGGUCUUUAGCUCAUGGAACAGUUCUCAUCACUUCUGCAAAUGGCAAGGAGUUACUUGCAGUCAGAGGCAUCACCAGAGAGUGAGUUCUCUAAACCUUUCAUCACUUACAUUAUCAGGUUCCUUGUCUCCUCACAUAGGAAACCUUACCUUCCUUCGAGUGAUCGACCUCGUGGACAACAACUUCCAUGGAGUGAUUCCACAAGCAGUUGGUCGAUUGUUCAGAAUUCAGUCACUUUAUCUUGGAAACAACUCUUUCAAGGGAGAAUUUCCUGUUAAUGUGACAUAUUGUUCAGACCUUAGAGUCAUUAAUUUAAUCAAGAAUAAUCUCAGUGGGAAGGUUCCUAUUCAGCUCGGUUCUCUGCCCAAGCUUGAAUAUUUAGACCUAGCUCAGAAUCGCUUUAUUGGGACAAUCCCACCUGCACUUGGGAACCUCUCAGCUCUUCGUUGGCUUUAUAUGUCAACCAACAAUUUACAAGGCCAAAUUCCUAUUGAAAUUGGAAAGCUCUCAAACUUGGAACAUCUUCAGUUGUCUAUAAACAAGCUUUCUGGUCCGACCCCAUCUACUCUUUACAACAUUUCGACAAUCCAUUUUAUAGCUCUAGCCUCAAACCAAUUCCAUGGAAGCUUGCCCCCUAAUCUAGGCCUUGUUUUUCCAAAACUUGAAACAAUUUUGAUGGGAGCAAACUGGUUCUCUGGGACCAUUCCGGGCUCGCUGGCCAAUGCAUCAGGUCUCGUACAGAUUUCUUUUGCUGAAAAUUCUUUCACUGGGAGCAUACCACAGAACUUGGGUGAUCUUCAACAACUUGAAGUUUUACAAUUUGGGGGUAAUCCGCUUGGGGCUGAGAAAGCGAAUGACUUGCACUUUCUCACCUCCUUGACUAACUGCACCAAACUCAGGUGGUUGGUUUUGUAUAACAAUCAGCUUGGAUGUGUGUUGCCCACUUCAAUUGGUAAUCUCUCCACCAAGCUCGUAGGACUGAAUUUGGAUCAGAACUACAUAUCAGGAAGCAUACCUCCGGAAAUUGGGAGCAUUGUCACCUUGGAGGUGCUUACAUUAAAUGACAACCAUCUCACUGGCAACAUUCCCAGUUCCAUUGGAAAAUUUAUAAUGAUGCAAGAGAUCUAUCGGUCCAACAACAAAAUCUCGGGGAAGAUUCCAGCCACCUUCGGUAACAUGUCAAAACUUAGUAUUCUUUUGUCGAAUCAAAAUAUGCUAGAUGGAAAUAUACCUUUCUUUGGGUAA